AUGACCAAUAUGUAUGGCAUGCCCUUUGCCCCAUUCGUUGGUAUUAACCGAUAUGGUCAAACUAUACAACUAGGCUGCGGUUUCCUUCGGAACGAGAAUGUUGAGAGUUUUGUAUGGCUUUUUGAGGAGUUUCUUGAAGCUAUGGGUGGCGUCCAACCGCAGAACAUCAUAAUUGAUCAAGAUGCAGCCAUGCGAACUGCUAUUCUGGAAACAUUUCCUGAUUGUUGUCACAGGAACUGUAGGUGGCACAUUAUGCAGAAUGCGCAACCUGUACUUGGUAAUUUCAUGUCUAAGCAUGAGGAUCUAAGGAAUGAAUUGAAUGAAAUUAUUGACUACAGCAUGUCAGUUGAGGAAUUUGAAGGUAGGUGGGCAGAUAUGAUAGCCAAACACAAUGUUGCGGACAACACGCAUUUGAGUGACCUUUAUCGUAUCAGACGUACAUUUGUCCCUGCCUACUUUAUAGACCGGUUCUUCCCGUUCCUACAGACUACUGCUCGCAGUGAGGGUUUCAAUGCUGUUUUGAAAAGGUACAUUGACCCGCACAAUAGCCUGCACAAUUUCUUUGAACAGUACUUGAAGUUGCAGGAAAAAAUUGAUGUAUCAGAGGACUCUGUUGAGUUUAAGGAUGAAGAUAAAACUGUUAGGGUCUGGGGAGAUUUCCCUCUGGAAGAGCAAGCUUUGAAUGUUUAUACACGACCCAUAUACUUACGUUUCCGUGCUGAGAUUCGGAAAGUGACAUCCUACAAUGUACAACAGCUUGAUGCAGAAAAAUUUGAUGUUGUUCCAAUUAAGCCUCCAGUAUUUGGUUAUGGGCGGAAAAGAUACAGGGUUGACGCUAACUUUGCGACAGAAACUUACAGUUGUGAGUGCUGCAAGUUUAGUAGGGACGGGCUGCUGUGCUGCCAUAUAAUGAGAGUUAUGGUACAAUUGGGUGUAAUUGAAUACAUUCCAGAGAAAUACAUUCUAAACAGAUGGAGAGUACCCCAGGAAACAAUCGUGGUGGAAAAGAUGGAUUUGCCUCAAGUGCAGUGUUUGUGGUUCUAUUCAUCACACUGCAGCUACAUGUCCCUCAAAGCUUACCCCAGGGCCAGAGCAAAAGGAAAUAGACUUUUUCCGUGA